GGGGUCCAUUCCUGCUCCUAGACCUGCUCCUUACAACAGCAGGACAACUUCAGCACAAACUUGUGCUGUUGUAACGGACUCGUUCUUUUCCAGAUUCGGAUAUAGGAAUUAAGCGCCCCUGGAAGCCAGGAACAUGGACGAUCUAGACGCAUUGCUUGCAGAUCUCGAGUCUUCUACCGCUCAUAUCUCCAAGUGCCCUGUGUUUCUUCCCGAAGAGACUCCAUAUUCCAACCACACUGGGGCGAACAUUUAUCAAGAUGACUCCCUUCCUCCGCCUCUGCCCCCUCCACCCUCAGCUGAGGCUCUGAACGGAUCGCUCUCUCCCCGUCCUGACUCACAGCACUCCUCGGAACAGUCUUUAGGCUCUGCCCAUAAAAGCACGUUGUCUCGGGACAGCAGUCCACCAGCCUCUAAUACUGAAGAAGACCACGUUUACAGUUUUCCUAACAAACAGAAGCACUCUGACUCAUCGGCGGCAGCCAUGACCUCUGCCCUGGGCAGCAACCUUUCUGAACUGGACCGCCUGCUUUUGGAACUCAAUGCAGUCCAGCAGAAUGCACCGUCUUAUUCCAGUACAGAGGACGCAGCGCCUCCAUUACCACCCUGCAGUGUUGCCCAUUAUAUCCAGGAGAAUGGAGCCCAUCCAGGCAUUAUGCUGACUCCUGCCACCCAGGACAUACCUCAGAGAAAUGGAACAAAGGGGAUAGAGGACAGCCGCCCAACUGUGGAGAGUCUUCUGAAUGAGUUAGAGACCUCUGUGCCUUCCCCAAUGCCCAUUCCUUGCGCAUUGACCAGCGAUUUGACAGACGGACAGGUGGACACACCUUCUGAGCAGCAGGGCAGAAUAUCAGCCACCUCAGCUACACGAGAACUGGAUGAACUCAUGGCUUGCCUAUCUGAUUUUAAGCCAAGUUCUUUGGGCUCCUUGAACUCUGAGCCACUGUUUGAGCAAACUAUUACCAUUGCUGAAAUUCACCCGGCUCCUGCGACUCUACUGUCCAAAUCCCUGUCCCCUACCCACCGAGCAGAACCUAGCCGGUAUUCCCCUGGUCUCUCAUCUUCUGUAAACUUGGAGCUGCACAUUGUGGAGGAUUCUGGUGAACCAGGAACCACAACAACCAGAGGCAUCCCAAAGCCAGCCCCUUCCCCUCGGCUGUCUCCACCUGUAGCUUCCAGCCCUCGGUUUUCUCCGGCUCCUGAUUCAGACCUCGAUUCUAUCAUUGAGGUUUCUGCAUCCCUGCUCUCCUCCCAGGUGGAGUCUCUAGUGGUUCUGUCUCAGAACAUAACCACCACAACAACCAAAUCGUCCUUUGGCAUACCUGGAGGUCAUGACAGUUGUCCUGUCAAGGAGGGGAACCCUUCAGUGUAUAUGACAAAUUCUGUGCUGAGAUCAUAUUCACCAUUCACCAAGUCUCCUAGUCCAACAAGUGCUCCAGUGAUAAACAGAACUCCAGAUAGUCCAAUGGUGACACCAGCAUCUAUUGAUCUAUUUCUAUCCAGCUCUGAACCAAAACCUUUAACUCCAAGCCCAAUCCCAUCUAUUCCCAGAUCUACGCUGUCUGCUCUUCCUGCAGUCAACAAAUCACCUGUUGUACCAUUUCAGUCCAUUCCCAAAGCUGCGUCAUCCUCUCUCGUCCUCCCCUCCGUUUCAUCUCUAUCAGUUCCCAAGUCACCCAGCCCAAAACCUUCUUCAGAUCAGCUUGACUCUGCUUUCUCUCAGAAAACCCUUGAGCCAUCUCUUAACGAUGCCUUGGAUAAGCUUCUGGCCAUGAGCUUCAACAAGCCUGAGAUGGAGGCUCCAGUCGCUCACUCAGUGUCUCGACAUCUCAACUCGGAAACACAACCAGAGAUCUACGAGGAGACAAUAAUGGUGUCAGAUCGCAGUGAUUUCCAUCCUGACACUCACACGGAGAGUGAGGUAGGGGACGGUCUCUUGGAAGACCAGUCAGACUGCAGGAGUGAUCUUGACUGGGCUGACAUGGAGCUGAAGAUGGCCUACGAAGGACCAGAUGGCUCUAUGACCCCCAUGACUGAAGCAAGCUGGAUGGAUGACUCGCUCACUCCAUCAUCUUGCCCUGGAACUCCAGAUGCCCAGAUGGAUCUUCCCAUGCUUUAUAUGGCGGGCACCAUGGACAGGAUCUCUGCCUCUGGACACCUCAAAUCAGUGAUUAAACGCACCAAGGAGAUUCCCAACGUCCACCCCAUGUACCGGGACGGCCUUAUACGUAGGAAGAUGGGUCCCAUCUUAUUUCACAAGAGCAACUCCCAGGACCGGCUCAUUGAGGAACUGCAGGGCAAGCUGGGAAUUGCACGAAAAGAGCGCCCAAAAAAGCAGCAGCCGGAUGAUUGGCUGACAGAAGGCGUAAUCGUAAUGUCCAACCCCAAGCGCUCAUGGGAAGAGCAUAACAGGGAUGUGGAUAAGAUAAUUAUACCCCCCGAGUCUCCUCUUCCUCAGAGGAAGGUGAUCCUACCUCCUCAACCACUCCCGCUUCCUCGACCCCCUCCCCCUGUCGAGGAACCGAAGCGUCCAAUUCCAGUCAAAGCAGCUCCUGCCCCUUUGCCCCCGCCCCCACCACCACCUGCCCCCUCACCCCCUCCAAGAGAGCCCACUCCUCCUCCCCGACCUCCUCCGGUUCUUCCCAAGAUCCCAACCCCUGAACCCAUGGAAGUUCCGGCUCCCAGCCCAAAGCCCAGUCCGGCACCCCCUCCCACACCCACACCCAUACCCACCCCUCUACCUCCCCCAGUGACCCUGCCCAAAGUGCUGGUGUCAGUGGGCUGCCAGACGGAAUACGACCCUCUGUUUACACCACUGCAGAUUAUGUCCCAGGGGAAGACUCCACACACACAGGUCAAUAAACUGGACAACAUGCUUGGAAGUCUGCAGUCUGACCUCCACAAGUUGGGAGUGCAGACGGUUUCCAAAGGAGUAUGUGGCGCCUGCUGCAAACCCAUAGUUGGCCAGGUGGUAACAGCCAUGGGACGUACAUGGCACCCAGAGCAUUUUGUGUGCACACAUUGUCAGGAGGAGAUUGGCUCAAGAAACUUCUUUGAGAGGGAAGGGCAGCCAUACUGCGAGAGAGAUUACCACCAUUUAUUUUCACCGCGCUGCUACUACUGUAAUGGACCCAUACUGGAUAAAGUGGUAACGGCAUUAGAUCGGACGUGGCACCCUGAACACUUUUUCUGUGCCCAGUGUGGGGCGUUCUUUGGUCCAGAAGGGUUCCAUGAGAAGGAUGGGAAAGCAUAUUGUCGUAAAGACUAUUUUGAUAUCUUCGCACCUAAAUGCGGCGGCUGUGCUCGCGCUAUCCUGGAGAACUACAUCUCUGCCCUGAGCUGCCUCUGGCAUCCAGAGUGUUUUGUGUGCAGGGAGUGUUUCACACCCUUUAUCAACGGCAGCUUCUUCGAGCACGAUGGUCAGCCGUACUGUGAGGUUCAUUAUCACUCUCGCCGCGGCUCGCUGUGUUCCGGCUGUCAGAAGCCGAUCACCGGCCGUUGUAUCACAGCGAUGGGCAAGAAGUUCCACCCCGAGCAUUUCGUCUGUGCCUUCUGCCUGAAACAACUCAACAAGGGCACCUUCAAAGAGCAGAACGACAAACCCUACUGCCAGGGCUGCUUCAUCAAGCUCUUCAGCUAGAAAGAUGACUGACGUGUGUGUGUGUGUGUGUGUGUGUGUGUGUGUGUGUGUGUGUGUGUGUGUGUGUGUGUGUGUGUGUGUGUGUGUGUGUGUGUGUGUGUGUGUGUGUGUGUGUGUGUAUGUGUGUGCGUGCGCAGUAGUGCUUAAGGAAGCACUGGUUGUGAUUUUCGGAGUAAGUGUGUAUGUCAUAUUGUUUCACUGUUGUGUGUUUGUGUGUGUGUUAGGUCUGUUUCACACAUCCUGUAUUCACUUUGCCGCCAGUAAUAACAGGUCACAGCAGCUUAAAGUAGGUGCUGAGGCUAUUUUUGCUGCAUGUCACACCAUGAACUUGACCUUGAGGGUGGACAAUAGGUUCUGUCUUUGUCUAAUCGGCGGGGAGUGGCUCCCGUGUUGUUUGGCCAUCCGACUGGGUGGGCACCAGUAAAAAGAAGGGGGAGGGUGCCGUUUCAAAAAGUUAUUUUUGACGUGUCUUGACUAUUGGCAUCCAGAAAUGACGUUGCUGGUCAGGUUAACAGAUGAUGAAACAUGCUCUUGAAAGCAAGGAUGUUUGUAAAUGGUAUCAGAGGAAAGUUCAGGUGAGACUUUAGAGAUGUUUAUUUGGAGAAAGUGUGUGAAAAAGAUGCUGCGCUCACUGGCUGAGCCGGAAAGAAACUGUUGGAUGAAAAGAAAGGUUUGAAAGAUGGUGAAAAAGUGUGGAGGAUUUUUCACCUUGAUGAUUGCAGAUGUAUGGGAUGCACAAUGACUGUGAAAUCAACAACUGGAAAAUGGUAAUUAGUGGGUGAAUUUCAAGAAAUGUCCAAAUCAUGUAUCACCUCAAAGUUAUUAUAAGAAACAAAAUAAGAAAUUAUAUUUUGCGUGAAGACAAUAAAGCUUAAAUCAUCAUAAAUUAUAUUCAGUACUGCCAAUACUACUGUAAUGUAUAAAUCCUUUAUAGUUUCGUUUAAAAUAUUGGAAUAACAAGAGUAGAUUUUAAUUUUAUUUUGCAUUACAAUGAGAUCAUUGGGUGCUUUCUGAAUCAUGAAUGUCACAAUGCAAAAAAAAAAUACAAAACUGUCCUUCAUUUUCUCAAGCAACUACUUAUUUGUUAUUUUCAUUUGUCGUUCGUUGUCAAAAUGUAAUUUGUUUUUUUUUAUUUUGAGGUGCAAUAUGAGCCAGACAUAUUCUUGACGGCUUUCGUGAGAUUCAUCCUACUAUGUAUUUUUUAUUUUAUUUUAUUGAAUCUCUAUAAAUCACUACUUUUAGUGCCUUGUUUUGUAGCGUAAAUGAUAAAAGACACAAAAUACAUCAAAAGUGCAUCUUUGCAUUAUUUUGAAAUUUCUCAUGGAUGUUAAAGAUCUGAUUAUUCGUUAUGAAGCCUGUGCGGACCUUUGGGCGGUCUAUAUGCACCUCUGCGUUUUAAAGCCUAAUAUAUCUACAGUAACUUAGUUUUAACUGACAUCUGGAACUCCGUAACUAUAAGUGUGUCCUACUGUUAUUCAGACUUUUCGUGUACUUUUAUUUCAGGGGAGUUUAUGCAUCCAAAUAAGAUCUGAUCUCAAAAUAGUAUUUUUCUGAAGGAAUAUUCUGUGUUAAAUACAAUCUGUGACUUGCUAUUGAUUACCACAGACAUUUGGACCCAUUUUGUAAAAACAAAGGAAAGUGUGUGCAUUUACAAUGGAAGUCAAUGGGGAAAGUGUACAGCACCAUGAAUUAACAUUUCAAAUACGAAACUAUCGUGCUUUUUGUGAAUAUAACCAUAAUGCUUGAACAUUACAAGUGUUAAUACAAGACGAGGUGUGAUUGAAUCACUCUCCACUCAUGUCAUGAAUAUGUAAUAUCGUUUAAAGGUGCUGCAAGCGAUUUUUAGCUGUUCUAGAAUUCCCACAAGAUGAGCCGUUGGAUUAGCCACGCCCCCUCUUUCCAACACCCCGCCUUCCAAAGAUACCAAAUGAGCUGUAUUGAGACCGAUAUCAAGCUGAAAUGGUUGUCAAAAACAACAAUAGUUAAAUAGCGCCCUCAAGUGGCAACUGUUAUGAACAACAUGGCAUAAAAUAGGCAUUAAGCCUCAAUAAUUGACUGCAACUACAAUACUACGAAAACACGCAUAAUGAUUGACAGGCAGAAAGCGUCACUGACCGCGGACACAUUUUUGUGUGCUGUUUACGGAGUCUACAGCUGUCACAGAGAGAUAUCUCACGACAAUUUAUUGCAUAUCUUUCCAUGAAACCAUCACUUACAGCACCUUUAUGUUUUGCAUUCUAUCCGUUUAAGGAUACCAGAAAGAGACGACAUAAUUAUAUGUAGAGAGUUUUAGAUUUGAUUUGUAUUAUUAAUUCAUGAAAAAGCUCUUACUAAAAUACAAGCUUCACAUUGCUACUUUGAAACCCUCCAGUACAAUUGCCCCAUAGACUUCCAUUAAAUGUGCAUUACUCAAAAUGCAUUUUCCUUCAUUUUUGCAAACUGAGGGACGAUACAGCGUUAUUUUUUGUAGUGUAAUCAAACUCAUACCACAGCAUGUAUGCUGUAGAUCUUAAGAUUUGUUUAAACUGUAAAAUGUCCGUAAAAGGAACCAGUGAAAACAUGUUAUUGUUUAAGUUUUAAACAAAGUUUCAUAUUCAAUUCUGCUCAUAAUAAGUUACUUUUUAACCACUGAAAAUUCGUAUUAUCCACUUAAUGAGAAUCUGAUGUGACCUUGUUGAUCUGAAUAGCUGUGACAAUACUGUGCAAUUUUCAACCCUUGAUUACAGUAUAUUAUUGCCUUUGAAAUGAGUAUCUGAUAUUGCCUUUCUCACUCUCAGAGACAAUUCAAGACAAUGUAAAACUGCUGUAUUAUUAUAUUAUACUCAUUUCUCUUUUAGUUGCGUCUGUUUUGCAUGGAAGUCUUAAGUGUCUUUCAAAGGACGAGUUUUGAAAACUUGCCAUGAUGUUGCAAAAUGGUGAAUUGGUGAAGACUUUCUCUUGUAACUGGAAUACAAUCAUCAUCACAUUUUUGAGAAUAUACAAAAUGUAAAAUAUCUAUUGGAAUUGCAUCGCUUUCUCGAUACCUGUCGACAAAGAUUACAAAUGUCUGAUCCAAUAUUCUGCACCAGCAAGUGUUUAUUAUAUGAAAGCUUUUAUAUGACCUAAUGUGCCAGAUAUCUUUAAGUCUUUAAUGCUACUUUGAUAGUAGACAAUACUUGUUUUUAAUUUGUUUUAAUAAAUUCACUUUGAAAAUACCUUCUAUGAUUACUCCGUUGUAAUGAUCUGUCCUGGUUUACGGUUUGUCUUGCUACUAAUUGCUGAUGUGCCAAAAAAAGAAACUUGCAGUGGAAAUGAGGAUAUCUGUAUCUGUUUUAAUCACAUUUACACUGGUUGAACGUUUUGAUUUUGUUUAUCUUGAGAUACUUUUAUCUUAAAAACAUUUACCUGAAUCCUUUUUGCCUGUUAUUUUAUGAAUAAACGUUUUAUGUCCAUUCAUAUAUUAUAUAAUUUACCCAAUGUGAACACUGCUAUGCAUAUUAAAUAUAUAUAUAUAUUAAAAAAACAAAAUGUAUCCUGUAACACUGUCACAUUUUGCUCUGUGAGUCUUGUUACUGUUUCAGUUCAUGUUAUAUACAAAUAAAUGUGGUGUUUAA